AUGAUUUGUCUCUGGCCCAGGGACAGUCACGGGCUGAGGAAAUUAUGGGAGCACCUGUGCGUGCUAACGAUCGUGUUAAUAUUCAUCAGCUUUUUGGCAAUCCCGAACUUGUGUUGGUUGUCCAAGCAAACUGAAUUCAUCGCGAUCAUUGAUAACUUCGCGUACCCUAUCUCCUUCGUGAAUAUAGUACUGAAAAUCCUUGUCAUUCACGGGAAACGGAAUGUGCUGCUGCCGGUUCUAAAUAUGAUAGCGGAGGACUGGGCUAAAUCUAAAACGGACAAGGAAAGGGCUGUCAUGUUUCGCUACGCGCGAAUCGCUCGGGUGGUGAACAAGUUCAGCUGCGUAGCCGGGGCUGUCUCAUUGACGCCGAUAAUCGUUCUGCCGAUAUUUGGCGUGCGUAUGCGGCACACCACAGGUGAAAUAGACAGAUUCCCGAUUCCAGCCGACUACGCGUACGACGUCUCGCGCAGCCCUUACUACGAGAUGAUCUACGUCGCGCAGAUCAUGAUGCUGUGGGUGAUGCUGAUGUGUUACUCCGGAAUCGACAUGUUCUUCGGGACAGUGGUCCUCCACAUUUGCGGCCAGGCGGAAAAUCUUCGAGCUCGUAUCGCGAGCGAGAGGAGAUUCGAAAAUUUUCAGCAGGCUCUGGCGGCGAUCGUGUCCGAUCACACGCGACUCAGCAGAGCGGUGGACGUGAUCGAGAACACAUUCACGGUGAUACUGCUGAUAGUGAUGCUAUUCUUCGGAGUGAUCAGCUGCAUGUACUCGACGGAAAUCAUUUCUAUGAUCGCAGAGAAGGACACGUUCUCCUCGAUGCGAGUGCUCUUCAUGCUGCUCGCCAUUAGCAGCAGCUUCAUUCAGAUGUCUUUUUAUUUCAUCGCUGGACAAGCACUGGAGAACCAAUCUCAAGGUAUAUACGACGCUACCUACGAAUGUGAAUGGCUGAAUUUGAAAUCGAACGAGAUGAGAAGCUUGCUUCUCGUCAUGACGAAAUCCAAGAAGCCGCUGUUCGUCACCGCGGGGAAAUUGUUCCCUAUGACUAUGCUGACGUUUGGCAACAUAACGAAGAUAUGCUUCAGCUACAUAUCCUUCUUACUCACCAAGCUGUAACAACGCUGAUGGAAAAUGAUGGAAAAUGUUCGAACAAACCAAGGGCCUGUUAGAUAUAUUAUUUACCGGUUGGAUGUAUAAAAUAUUUGAUUUAACAGUAAGAGAGUUACGGAGUCAGCUGUGUAGUACAAAGAGGAAUUUAUUAUUGUCUUAACAUUUUUUCUAUUUCAUUUUAAUAUGCAAGAUUAUAUUUACCGUUUAAUGCACGUGACACUUUUCUCAGUGAUCUACAUUAGUGAUUUUGAUUGAGCAGUUUAUUCCGGAAAUAGGCGUAUAUAUGCACAUACGUACAGAAAUGACUGAACUUUUUAUCCUUGUAAAAAUAUUACAAUAAUAAAAUACGUCUACCGCUGCAAAAAAAACAACAGAAAGUAUCGAUCAAUGAAAGCUCUUUACGCGUGCGGAAGUUGCCGGGCAAAGGAAUCCUUGUGAAUGCUGAUUUCGAUUAAAGGUUCAGCCUUUAUUGCAAGUAUAACGAGAUUUUCCGUACGUAUAUGUAGAUACACAUUUCACUAUAAGUAUAUUAGUGCGCAAUCGUACGAGCAUUCAAUUAUGUGUACGUAUAUCAAAUUGUUUUAUAUGUACACUUAAUCCGAACAGUCGUAUAAAUAUAUAUAUAUAUUUCUGUGUACCCUUAACUACAGUAAAUUAAUUUUAAAUUGAUCGGAAGCAAUAUGGAGGAAAAAAGAAUUAUGAUCGUACACUAUUAUUUAUAAAUUAUAUGUUACUCUUUACGACGCAGUUUUUAUUUUCCAAUGUAAACGAAUAACCUUCGCUAAUAAUGGUUAGACUGCAAAUUGAUUU